UGGUCAUGCUAUCUAACAGUAGAUGAAGAAGCAUGCACGAGAAAGCUUUUAAAGCACUCGAAGAUUCAAUUAAUUGGAACAGUGAAUGUUAAUUCUUUGCAAAGUUGCACAGAGAUUACUCAGGGGUGCUAGUGCGAGAAUGGAUGAUGAGUUUAUCGUAUCUGAGGAUUGAGGUCUGGAGACUGGCGUGACCCCUUCAUGACCUUAAUCUGCUUCUUCUAGAGCCACUCCUUGAAUGCGUUGGCGAUAUGUUUCAGGUCAUUCUCAUGCUGGAAGACCCAUUCAUGACUCAUCUUCAGUGUUCUGGCUGAGUUGAGGGACUGCGAUCCUGUCUGUAGCAACAUGAAGCCUGCGAUCAAAAAGUCUUUUCUUGGAGAUCCAAGGUCUGGAUCGAAUAAGGAGGGUGUUGAAACUUUGGUGCUGAGCAAAACGGAGGAAUCAGGUGUACUCUUUUGUCAGCGGCUGAAAUAUAUUGUAAAAAGUAUUCAGGUCCCAGAUGAAAAAGAAGCCGAACCUUUCAUCUCCCAGCCCUUAAACUGCAAGACUUCUGUUAAAAAAAUCAUCAGUGAGACUCCUGUUAAAAAAUACAUCUGUAAGCUGUGUGGCAAGGAGUAUCUCCGUAACUUAAACCUGGUGCGGCAUAUGCGAAUACACACAGGGGAGGCACCAUAUGUCUGUGAACUCUGUGGAAAGGGCUUCCGUCGUAAAGACUGGCUUCGCCUCCACAGCAGUGUCCACACGGGUAACAAACAAAAGCGUUCAAAGGGCUACAGUUGUGACGAGUGUGGGAAGAAGUUCACUAGCUUCACUGAACUCCAGAGUCAUGUGAACAAACACAGAGGCGAGAGGCCGUUCGCCUGUAUGCACUGCGACAAGAAGUUCUUCAGUAAGGCCUAUCUUAGACGCCAUCAUUCCGAUUCUCAUUCUGCCAACAAACGCUUCUGCUGCCCUGUGUGUGGAUGUGGAUUCUCACGCCUUUACACAAUGCAGAAACACAUACGGACUCACACAAGAGUGAAGCCUUUCUCUUGUCCAGACUGUAGAAAGAAUUUCAGUAAUAAAUACUGCAUGAAUGUACAUCGUAAACGGCACUUAGCUAAAAGCUGAUGUAAUGCACACACAUGAAUGUCACAUGAAUUUCAGAUUUAUUCUGUUUGUUUUUAUUAGUUUGAGCCAUGUCCCUUUUAUUGAUGAUUUUCCUUCUGAAUCUUAUCAUGCCUGUUCAGUGCCAAAAUAAAGAACCUUUUCAUUCA